UUCAGAACAAGCAAUCUUCACAACCCCCAGUCCCCCCCCCACCCCAAAAAAAAAAAGAUGGAACAGAGACACAGUACUUGCAGUUUUGGCCUUGUAUUCUUCAUCUUUUCCACUCUCUGUCUUCUGCUAUCUUUCUCUGGAUCUGUUGGAGCUUACAAGAACUACACUGUUGGUGACUCAUUGGGUUGGUUUGAUAAUCUUGAAAAGCCUAGUGUUAAUUACCAGAAGUGGGUUGCUGGCAAGAACUUCAGCCUUGGAGAUUUCCUCUUUUUCAACUCUGACAAUAAUCACUCAGUCAUCCAAACAUACAAUUUCAACACAUACAAGCGAUGUGAUUACCAAAAUGCUCUCAACAACGAUACCACACAGUGGUCAUCGGCAGAUCCAUCAGCCACUUCCCCACAACCAAUCUCUGUGGCAGUUCCUCUUUUGAAAGUAGGAAUGACAUAUUUCUUCUCCGGCGACUACGACGGAGAUCAGUGCAAAAAUGGCCAGCACUUCAAGAUAAAUGUGACUUAUGGACAAGGGUUGCCGCAGAGUCUGAAGAACCCAUCUAAUGACGCCCCUUCACCGGCAAAUCCGGUUUCCGGCGACGAUGAAUCUGCGCCAGAUACCCUAGUUCCUUCCAACUUCAGCGAUCCCCAAGGCACUAGUGAUGAUAUUGAGGCAUCACAAUCUGUUUCACUAUCAGUAUUGUUGAAGCUCUAUGGUAGGCAAUUACAUGGAGUUUUGAUAAUAUUGGGAUUAAUUUGCACUUUUUGAUAAAUUGAGCGUUUUUAUCAUUCGAUGAUCCAGAUAUAAUUCAAACACCAUGAAUUCAAUUGCGACUCGAUAUAUAACUAGGGAUGAUCUACCAUCAAGGAAAAUGACAAAGAGUUAUAUCAGAGAAAAAUCAAAUCUCGUUCUAUCUGUCUUUUCGAUGUUAUUCUUUUUAUACGUUUGUAUUAUUGCAUUGUUAGCUUUUACAAUUUUCACAUAAUGUAUUGUUGUAUAAUGGAUACUAUUGCUAUAAAACUUAAUUUCCAAUGUUAGCUUUUACAAUACACUAUCUGUCUUUUCGAUGUCAUUCUUUUUAUACGUUUGUAUUA